AUGGAGGUGAUCAUCAAUGAAGACAACGAGGCGAUAGUGGAGAGUGUACGAGAUGCAAAGGUCAUGCUAGACGUCUAUCGGAAUAAGAUUGUCGGCUGGCAACGCCAACUGAAUGGAGCCGCAUGCGACGAGCCACUCACUCGAAACUUGAUUUCGCUGAAGAAGCAGAUCGAUCUCCGAUGCGCGAAAAUUGCCGAGUUGAAACUGAAGCCAAAGAAACGACUACGAAAAGGCGCUUAUGCGAGUGAUAGUGAAGAAAGUGACCUCGAAGAUGUGCACGACAAACAAUGUAUGGAUUGCAACUAUAUUGUUGUAAUGAACGUCUUUAUAGCUACUCUUUUUUUGUAG